GCCCCUCGUGCCGGUCCCGCCCCCGGCCCGGCCGGACACGCGCGGACGCCCCGCCCCGGCCAGACACGAGCGGACGCAGCCAUGGCCGAGUCCGAGCUGCAGCUGGUGGCGCGGCGCAUCCGCAGCUUCCCCGACUUCCCCAUCCCGGGCGUGCUGUUCAGGGACAUCUCGCCGGUCCUGAAGGACCCCGACUCCUUCCGCGCCUGCAUCAGCCUCCUGGCCAGUCACCUGAAAAAGACCCACGGCGGCAAGAUCGACUACAUCGCUGGCAAGUGGACGGGCACAGGCGGGACCUUGACUCCGGGCGCUCCUGCCGCCGCGCCGCCCUCGGGUCUCUGGGGCCAGCCCUUCCUGUCUCCGCAUACUCGGCCUCCGGGCCGGGAGGGGUCCCCCGAACAGGGCCUAGACUCCCGAGGCUUCCUGUUCGGUCCCUCCCUGGCCCAGGAGCUCGGUGUGGGCUGCGUGCUCAUCCGAAAGCAAGGGAAGCUGCCAGGCCCCACUGUGUCUGCCUCCUACACCCUGGAAUAUGGGAAGGCUGAGCUGGAGAUCCAGAGAGACGCCCUGGAACCGGGGCAGAAGGUUGUUGUCGUGGACGAUCUGCUGGCCACUGGCGGAACCAUGCGCACCGCCUGUGAGCUGCUGGGCCAGCUGCAGGCCGAGGUGCUGGAGUGCGUGAGCCUGGUGGAGCUGACCUCGCUGAAGGGUAGGGAGAAGCUGGGGACUGUGCCCUUCUUCUCUCUCCUGCAGUAUGAGUGAGCCCUGCUGGCCACCAGGGGGCACUGGCCAUCCGCCUGGACUCUCUUCUAACCCUGGUUGGGUGACUCUCCAGCCCGGGGCCUCCACCUGGGGUCCUUCCUGCAGAUUCUGCAAGUGCCAGCACCUGGGGCUGAUGGCCCGGGGCAGAACCCAGCCCAGGCCACUGCAGGUCCAUUUACAGUGAACCAGGACCAUGAAUAAACAACUUGGCUAAA